AUGGACAGGCUGGAAAGCCGGGUGGCCAUUAUGAGCAUCCGGUACCUCGUGAACUACCAAAACCCUUCAAGACUGACCUUACAACGCCCGAGAAUAUAUCACCCAAACGUGUUGAUUUUGCAGCGACAACAAACAUGGUUUGAGCGGAUCCUCCACGUAUUACUCUCUUAUCUUCCAGCUGCCAGUGCGUACUGGUUUCGAGAAAGUCUCCGCCAAUGGUGCCUCCCAGAGAGUAUCGUCCUCAAAAUAGCGAAAGAUGGCUGGGACGAAGAGUUCGAGCGGGAGAAGGCAACGUAUCAAUAUCUCCGACCUCUACAAGGCGUCACCAUUCCUCGAUACUAUGGCUGCUCAGAAUACGAGGGAAAGAAAGCACUGAUCCUCUCCAACAUUGGAGGAGCUUGUCUUGCCACGCUAGAAGGCGCUGUUUUGGACGAAAGGGAUCUCCGAGAGCUUGUCACGGAUGCUUUGACGGCGCUCUCUAAUAUGGGAGUUGCAUAUGACGAUACUAAGCUUGAUAACUUCCACCUUGUGACGGAUAAUGGCAGGGAUAAGAUUAUGAUUGUUGACUUGGAAAUUGUGGACCAAAGCCUUUCGGAGUAUGACCUGGCUUUCACAACGGAAUGUGAGGUGAACCAUUUGAUUCGUCUCUAUCGAAUGCACUUGGAUUGCUUGUAG